UGUAUGACCACGGACCGUCACGCAGGCCCAACUUAAAACAAAGUUUCGCCCAAAAUGCAAUUAGGAAUCGCUCUUAUAGCUCUCAAAGCCGAAAACCUGUUCUCAACGGUGAAGUUCCUGCCGCUCGCACCUCCAUCAGGUGAAGCUUUCAGGCUCGGCGCCUGUAGCUAGCCAUUCGGUAGGGUUCAAAAGUUAACUUUAACCCAAAUCUUGCAAAUUAUACAUUUGCAACUUGCGACGCUGCGACUGCGAAACUACAACAGGAAGCAGAAGUAAUAGGCGACGCUCUCACGACGCAGAAUAGGCGAUUCCGAGUUCCGACUUGGAGUGUUGGUCUGCUGGACGGAGUGGACGGCUGAAGUUGGUGAGGUAUCUGCUGGUUUGCUCUUUGCUGGAUGGUGUAUAAUUGGGUGAGGCUUGUUUCCACUUUCCAGAUCAGGAGUCCACACCUGACAGCUCACAUUCCCGUAGCCCAAAAGAAUCGCGUGGCACGUAAGGACUUAGUAUAUAAAAAAAUGGCAGAAGAUUUGAAUGGUAGAACCAGUGGAGAUGCUGAUGAAAAACUUAGAAGUUUGCAUUUGUUAUCUAUUGAUGAAGAUGAACUUGAUGACAAUGGACAUGCUGAUUCAUAUGACGAUGAGGAUGAUGAGGAAAAAGUACCUAUAGCAUUAGGCUUUGUGGAGAAGAAGAAGAAUUCAUGGUCUCUCCUCCGACAGUUCUUCCCAAGCAAAGCUGGGGGUACCCCUGCUUGGCUGGACCCAGUUAACUUGCCUUCAGGGAGGUAUUGUGUCUGUGACUUCUGUGGCGAACCUUUACAAUUCAUGCUCCAGGUUUAUGCACCACUAACUGAGACUGACUCAACAUUUCAUCGUACACUGUUUGUCUUUAUGUGUCAAUCAAUGGCUUGUCUCCUUCAAGAUCAACAUGAACAGUGGAAACGACACCCAGAACUGGCAUUACGGAGUGUCAAGGCGUUUCGCUGUCAAAUGUCUCGACUCAACUCAUUUUAUUCAAGUGAGCCUCCAGAAAAAGAUGGGACAGCUAGACCCUCUGGAGAUGGAGCUGCGCUUUGUAGUUGGUGUGGUACAUGGAGAGGAGAUAAAGUUUGUAGUGGUUGCAAAACAGUGCGUUACUGUUCUGAGAAACACCAGGCUGUUCAUUGGCGAUCCGGACAUAAGAAGCAAUGUUUCUCAAACAUUUCACUGAGUGAAUCCAGCUGCGCAGUUGCAAAUUUGCCAAAAGUGGCGAGUAAAUCUUUGUGGCCAGAGUAUGAGAUCUCAAGUGAGGAUGAAUUUUAUGACAUAUCUAAUGAUCUCCCUCAUUCUACAUCUCUAGUUUCUACCAGCCAAUUAGAUGAAACAUUCAAUUCACUGCUAGAUGCCUUUGAGGGGGACGAGGACAAGAAAAGUUGGGCAUCUUUCCAGGAGAGGAUAUCAUGUGCCCCUGAGCAAGUAAUGAGGUACUGUAGGUACCCUAAAGCCAAACCCUUGUGGCCCAUGUCGAGUGGCCAGCCAUCAAACAGUGACAUCCCAAGGUGCAGCUACUGUAGUGGUCCUCGAGUUUUUGAAUUUCAGAUUUUGCCCCAACUACUUUACUACUUCAAUGUGGGAAAUGAUGCGCAUUCUCUUGAUUGGGCAACUAUGGUUGUAUACACUUGUGAAGCCUCCUGUGGAGGAUCUGGGGCUUACAAGGAGGAGUUUGUAUGGGUUCAAGUUCCAUCCCAGUCAUAGAAUACUUGGGAUAAACAGAACCAUACGUUACAUUGUUAAGUUUAUUUUGGAAGGGAUCGUGGAAAAACGUUGAUAGAUAUUUGUUUCUACCAAUUCAGAAUAUCGCUGUUUUAUUAUUUUUUUGGGAAAAGUACGGAAAAGAUACUUGUGGUUAGACCCGUUUACGGAUAGGGUCAUGUGUUUCAUUUUUUUUAUCAAAGUGGUUCAUGCUUUUGAAUUCCGUUAUCAAAA